CGCCAUCAUCAGUGUGGCUGUGGCAGCAGGGGAGAGAGGAUACGUUGCCUUGCCGGGCUCAGUCCAUCUUGUGUGCUUGCUUUUCAUUGUGCAUCCCACGUGUGCUGUCAAUAUAUUACGCCAUAAAAAUGCUACCCUAAUGGGUGAGACGAAUUAUUGUGAGAGUUAUGACAGGUGUUUGGAUCAGUGUAGGUUCUCGAGAUCGUUGACAUUACCGCAGGUGACUAGUGAGUGGUGGCCACUUGCCGCCCGACGUCUCCGUCCACUGUUUAAAUUCCCUAUUAAAUGGCCAGGUCAGUGUGAGGCUGCCAAGGGCGAUCCUAUUACCCUGGACUUGACCCAGUGCCCCCCACGCUCACCCGGGGAAGUUCUACAGCGUUGAGACUGGUCGACAAGUUACCAUCCCGGGGGUGUGAGAGGGAAAUCUGGGUGACCCCUGCCACCAGUUGGAAUUCCGGAUAUGUGGUGUGUGGUGGGGAGGUGUGUGACGGUAGUGGUGGUGGUGUGAAGGGCAGGUGUGUGAGGUGGUGUCAUCACAUCAUCCACUCUGGCCUGCCUGGCUGCCCUGUCUGACUGUAUCGGGGUGACGGGGUCGGAGGUCCUGCCAACCUAAUGAUAAACGUAGUAUGUGGUGAACAUCGCCUAUUGUGUACCCACACUUACGUGGGGUGGGACAUCCAGUGUGUGGCGUGGGACACCCAGCAAGUGCAGUGUCCCCAGAGUGUAACAUGCGCUAAUGUGACCACCAGACAUACACAGCCUCGUGACCUUCGCCCAGCCUUGUGAGGCAGAACCACACCUGGGCAGUAGAACUUGCUCGACAUACUGUUCCCACUGUGAUCCACCCAAGUGUACUAAUACAACCUAUUGCUUACCGAGUGUUGUACUUUGUCACCUCAACUGAUGCAGUUUGUUGAAUAAAAUUGUCACUAUUAACCGGUGUGUGUACUGUAUGUGUGGCGGGGGUAAAACUGUCAAUACCUCGUUAAUCCAGCAGUGAUCAUCGUCCUCUUGACUCACAGCUGUUAACAGUGCCAAGUGUUGUGGCGAGGUUGGUGACCUUUGUGCUAGGCCUAAGUGACUGGUCUUACAACCUCGGGCCUUGAGUCGGCCUCGUGAGGGCUCAGUAGUCGUCAGGAGCCAAGUAACAGCGGCAAGGUGGCGCAGCUCAAGGUAGAGGGGUUGUCUGCCACCACCAUGAUGUCUGGUGGGCGUGUGGGCGGCCGGCGGCGAGUGGGCAUGCAGAAAGAGCCGCCCUCGCCUUCCACCAACGGUGUACCUUCCCCAAGGGAGUACUCCCUGCACGACUUCGACAUUGUUAAGACCAUAGGAACGGGCACCUUUGGGCGGGUUUGCCUGUGCCGCGACAAAGUGACGUCACAGUACCUGGCCAUGAAGAUCCUGGCCAUCAGUGACGUCAUCAGGCUCAAGCAAAUAGAACACGUCAAGAACGAGAAGAAUAUUCUCCGCUUGGUCACUCAUCCCUUCAUUAUAGAUAUGUAUUGGCAUUACCGGGAUGAUCGUUUCCUUUAUAUGCUCUUUGAGUAUGUGUGUGGUGGGGAACUUUUUGCCUACCUCAGAAAUGCUGGCAAGUUCCCCAUGACAACAGCAUCUUUCUACGCCUCAGAAAUAGUGAGUGCUCUAGAGUACCUUCACUCCCUCUCUGUGGUGUACAGAGAUCUCAAACCAGAGAACUUGUUGUUAGACAGAGAUGGACAUCUCAAAAUCACAGAUUUUGGCUUUGCGAAGAAACUCACUGACAGAACGUGGACACUAUGUGGCACACCUGAAUACUUGGCACCAGAGAUCAUCCAGAGCAAAGGACACAACAAAGCUGUGGACUGGUGGGCGCUAGGUAUCCUCAUAUAUGAAAUGUUGGCUGGGUAUCCGCCAUUUUUUGAUGAUAACCCAUUUGGUAUAUAUGAAAAAAUACUGGGUGGUCGUGUAGAAUGGCCAAGACACUUGGAUGCUGCAGCCAAGGACCUUAUCAAGAAACUUCUUACUCAGGAUCGUACAAAACGGCUCGGAAACAUGAAGAAUGGAGCUGAUGAUGUCAAAAGACAUAGAUUCUUCAAGAAUAUUGAUUGGGAAGACGUAUAUCAGAAAAAAUUAAAGCCUCCAAUUGUACCUAAAGUGAAUUACGAAGGCGACACCCGGAACUUCGAUGACUAUCCUGAAAAUAACUGGCGAUCAACACAAGGAGUGUCAGACAUCGAAUUAGCUAUUUUCAAUGAUUUCUAAAUGUAAAUGUCACAAAUUACGAACCCUUGGGGUAAUCGUUAACAUUCAUUUAUUAUCACCCACAAAGUACAGAAUUGCAGUUUGAAGUAAUUUCCACAUAAUUACAAGAGAUGGGGAUAUGACAGAAUUAUUUGUAGCAGGAACACUGAUGUUGAGAGAGGAAUUGCAUCAUAAAUCUGUUAAAUAUGUAAAAAGAAAUUUAUAGAAUAUACAUACUACAAUAUUUGUACAGGUAAAUAUUCUUUAUGUUGUAUUGCAAUCACUUUACUCUUCAAAUAAUAAUGUAUGAAGGCAAUAUCUGUGUUUUGACAGAGAAGGCCAUCUACAGGUACUUCAGAAUGAGUGCACUGCAGUUUGGAUUAACUGUAGUCUGCUCAAGAUUUUCAACUCAUUUUUAUUUGCACUUAAAAAUAUAUUUGUAUAUUUCACAUUUGUUUAUUUUUUAUGAUUUUAGUAGAUAUUUGAAGCUGUA